CAGGCUCCGCCCCCAAGGCACGCUUUGCUUUGACAGGACACCUUGGGCUACAUUCCUUGAGUUCUGUCAAAGGUGACUCGGACAUCCGCCCCCUUCCAUACAAUAAGGUUACCUGAGAAUUUGGGAAGCCCAGCUCCCGGCCCCGGAGCUCUUCGACAGGUGGCGGUAUAUGAGGCACUUCCGGCCUCCGAACGCUGGGAGGCGCUGUGAACUCUCCGUGACCUCUUGGGCACCGGGACACAAGGCGCAAGCGCAGUCCUAGUUUUAAACCGGCUUCCCACGUGUAAGUCUUGUGGGCAAGUUUUUCGAGAAAAAUGCCCAAACUGAAGGUGGCCCGUGGGGCCGGGAACCAGGAGAAGCAUGCACCUCUGGCCGAGCAGAUUCUGGCUGGGAAUGCGGUGCGCGCGGGGACCCGAGACAAACGGCGGGGACGCGGCGUCGAAGAGGAGGAAGAGUAUGUGGGACCCCGGCUGAGCAGACGGAUUUUGCAGCAAGCCAGGCAGCAGCAAGAGGAGCUCGAGACUGAACACGGGACUGGAGACCAGCCUGCAAAACCGCGCGAACGUGCCACGCGGCUGGGGCCGGGAGUGCCCCAGGAUGGAUCUGAUGGUGAGGAUGAGGAAUGGCCCACCCUGGAAAAGGCAGCCAAAAUGACCGGGGUGGACCACCAAGCGGAGGUGGUUGUGGACCCUGAAGAUGAGCGUGCCAUUGAAAUGUUCAUGAACAAGAACCCUCCUGUGAGGCGCACUCUGGCUGACAUCAUCAUGGAGAAACUGACUGAGAAGCAGACAGAGGUGGAGACUGUCAUGUCAGAGGUGUCGGGCUUCCCUAUGCCUCAGCUGGACCCACGAGUCCUGGAGGUCUACAGAGGAGUCCGGGAGGUAUUAUCCAAGUACCGAAGUGGGAAACUGCCCAAGGCUUUUAAGAUCAUCCCUGCACUGUCCAACUGGGAACAAAUCCUGUAUGUCACUGAGCCUGAGGCCUGGACUGCAGCUGCUAUGUAUCAAGCCACCAGGAUUUUUGCCUCCAACCUGAAGGAACGGAUGGCGCAGCGCUUCUACAACCUUGUCCUGCUUCCCCGAGUACGAGAUGACAUCACUGAGUAUAAACGACUCAACUUUCACCUCUACAUGGCACUCAAGAAGGCCCUGUUCAAGCCUGGAGCCUGGUUCAAAGGAAUCCUGAUCCCACUGUGCGAGUCUGGCACUUGUACCCUCCGAGAAGCCAUCAUCGUGGGCAGCAUCAUCACCAAGUGCUCCAUCCCUGUGUUGCACUCCAGCGCGGCCAUGCUGAAGAUUGCUGAGAUGGAAUACAGUGGUGCAAACAGCAUUUUCCUGCGCCUGCUGUUAGAUAAGAAGUACGCGUUGCCCUACCGGGUGCUAGAUGCCCUGGUCUUCCAUUUUCUGGGCUUCCGGACGGAGAAGCGCCAGCUGCCGGUGCUCUGGCACCAGUGCCUCCUGACAUUGGCACAACGCUACAAGGCCGACUUGGCCACAGACCAGAAGGAGGCCCUCCUGGAACUGCUUCGCCUGCAGCCACACCCACAGUUGUCUCCCGAAAUCAGACGUGAGCUACAGAGUGCAGUCCCCAGAGAUGUGGAAGAUGUGCCCGGCACCAUGGAAUGACAGCAGUCACCUGUCUUGGUCCAGGGAGCAUGGGAGGACAAGAGCCCAGUUGGUGACCAAAGAUACAGUUAAAGACCUAGGUUAAGGCACCGAAGGCUUAUGACGGCAUCUGAGGCUCCAGUCCUAGGCAGGAGGGCUGGUCUGGUUGGCUUCCUCUGCCAUUCCAGACUUCGGUCCCUGUUCACUUCUGGAAGCUGACUGGAGUUACCCGAGGUCAGCACUCCCACAGCCCAGCUGGCGCUUGGUGUCAGGGCUGCUCUCCCCAGUUACUGUGUCAGUUCACUGCCAUGUGAUAAACAGAGCCGGCUAUUUAUUGGAA